CACGAACGAUCCCAACUCGUGGAGGCUCUCGACCGUCUUCCCCAACGAACGGACGCCUCCAUCCAUCCAGAUCGCCAUCCUCCUCCUCCAGCCCUCCUGGCUCCUGCGCUGCCGCCAUGAAUUGAUCCCCUCUCGUCCCCUGGCAUCAAGGAGGAAGGAGGAGGAGGAGCGGCGCGCCGUCAGCGGCGGCGCGCGGGAUGUCGUCGUCCAGCUCGCCGUGCGCGGCGUGCAAGCUGCUGCGGCGCAAGUGCACGCAGGGGUGCGUCUUCGCGCCCUACUUCCCGCCGGACAACCCGGCCAAGUUCGCCAACGUGCACCGCGUCUUCGGCGCCAGCAACGUCUCCAAGCUCCUCAACGAGCUCCCGCAGGCGCAGCGGGAGGACGCCGUCAACUCGCUCGCGUACGAGGCCGAGGCGCGCCUCCGCGACCCCGUCUACGGCUGCGUCUCCUACAUCUCCGUCCUGCAGCUCAGGAUCAAGCAGGCGCGCGACGAGCUCGCCGCCGCGCGCAAGGAGCUGGCCAGCUACAUCGGCCCCGCCGCCUUCGCGCCCUUCGUCGCCCCGCCGCAGUACCACCACCACCAGUACGCCGGCGUGCCCCUCGCCUCCGGCGCCGGGAUGGGGCUCGGCGUCGGCGUCGCGCCGCAGCACGGGCACGGGCACCCGCAGCAGCAGAUCAUGGUGCAGCACCAGCAGCACCUCCACCACCACCAGCAGAUGGCGGAGGCGCAGCAGCUCGCCGCGACCGUGGAGGUCGCCAGGGAGCAGGAACUUAUGAUGAGGCAGGCCGCGGCCUACGCGCACGCCGUGCCCGGGAGCAGCGCCGGCGCCACGGUCGCCGUCGUGCCGCCCGACGCGGUGCCGUACGAGGGCGGUUUCCUCUUCCAGCAGCAGCAGCAACCGCCGCCGUCGCAGGCGCAGACGGCCGUCGCGCUCACGUACCAGAUGGAGCAGUCCCCGCCGCCAUCGUCGUCGGGCCAGUCGCAUCCUGAAGUGUCGCACCAGCAGAAUACGGACGGAAGCGACGAGGGCAGCGGUGGCGGCGGCGUGCCGCCAGCCUGAUCGGACGGCCGGUCGCCCGCACGCCCGCCACUGAUUUGUCCUUUCUUUAGCCUUUUGUGUUUUCUUUGGUGUUCCUUGUUCGUCAUGAUUUUUUUUUCCCGUCUGCUUCAUCAUCGGCAUCAGCAUCGAUAUUGGAUCCGUGCCUCCCGAAGGCAGGCGAGGUGGAUCCUUCACAAGCAAGGUUCCUCAUGAUCAGUUGCCUUUCUUCCUCAAGAGUUAGAGCCAAAUAAAUGCAAGACAGAAGGAGUGGUAGGAAAUGGGGACAGAUAUACUCAUCAUGGAUCAGUGUAACACAGAGAAUUAAUGGUGGGAAGGUGGAGAGAUGGGAGUAGUAGAGGUAGACAGACACAGUAGAGAGAAGCAUGCAUGGUGUGGCAGAGAGAAGCAUGCAUGGUGUGCUUCAGUGCCAGGAGGGGAGCAGCAAAUGGUGAAGUACUGAAGUGAGAUAGAGAAACAAAAUGCAUUCAAAGCUAAGGUGUAUGCACUUUGCAGGAGGGAGCAGCAAGCAUGAAUAAAGAUAUUAACAAGAACAGUAGGAUGAGCAGCUAAAAAUAUAGUAUCUUCGUUCACUUUGCAUUUGUUGUUGAGCAUAUAUAUCCAAGUUUCAUCGCUGUUAUUAGUAUUCUUUCGCCCUUACCUUCUUUUUUCCUUUUUUUUUCUCAUUCAUAAACUCGUCCUGCCAUCUUGUGUAUAAAUAAGUAGAAGCCUCUCUUUGGACAUAAAUGGAUGGAGCUAGUCAUUUUAUUGUGACA